AUGACUUCUUGGCCCGGUUCAAAGACGGCGCGUCGCUGUUUGAUCUGGCGGGCCUCAAGUUGGACCUUGAGGAGGUGCUCGGCGGCGACGUGGACGUGA